CUUCUAAUAGAUAUCAGUUAGUCGUGUUUUAGACACUCUUUGGGAUAGUGUUAUUUUUUGUUGCAACUUUCGAGUUCAAGCCGUUAUGUGUCAUUAUUUCGAAAAAAUACCAAAUAGUGAUUAUUUAAAUAUAGUGACAGUUUAAAAAGUCAAUUGAAAUGAUAUUAAUAGGAUUUUUGGCUGUGUGGUAUUUGAUAUAUUCGAAUGUUGGAGGAGUGUUACUGACAAACUCGUUGGAAGAGGUUCCGCAGGAAUGCGAGUGGCAGAAUUUUCUAGAUGGUGCCGAUGUGUCCACGCGUGUACAGUUGAUUUGCUCGCUACGUAUAGCUGCUGGCACUACGGAUUUGCUUGAUGGGCUUAGCAUCCCUCAAGCGCAACAAAUCACGUCACUUCAUUUAUAUUGUACAGACGUUAUUGAGAGAUCUUCAGAUGUUGGCCAAGGGAAAGAGGAAGGAACUGAAGUUUCGUCCCGUUUUCACAAUUUAAAGGAAUUGAGGAUAGAGUCAUGUAAGAUACGACACGUCCUUCCAGCAUCAUUACUUCCGUUAAGCGGCCUAAGAAAUCUCAGUAUUCGAACUCAUAAUACUAACAGGUCUGAAAUAUCUUUGGAAUUCUAUACAGAUACAUUUCGAGAACUUACCGACUUGAGAACUUUGGAUUUGGGGGAUAAUAAUAUUUGGAAUUUACCUUCUGAAGUAUUUUGUCCUUUGUAUAACUUAAUGGAUCUCAACAUAACGCAAAACCAUUUACAAGGUAUUUCAACUUUAGGAUUUUCUGACUGGGGAAACGGACCAACUGCGCCUGGUAAAUCUUGUAAUGCUCUGUUGGAAAUAUUGGAUUUGUCGUACAAUGAAAUUAGUUCAUUGCCUGAUCACGGCUUGUCAAGUUUACGUGCGUUACAAAAAUUAUUAUUACAAAAUAAUAAAUUGUCAGCUGUUGCAGAGAGAGCAUUUGUUGGAUUGAAUAAUUUGCAAAUUCUCAACCUCUCUAGUAAUGUAUUGACUGUGCUUACAUCUGAAAUGUUCCAGUCUUCUAGGAAUAUUGAACAAAUAUACCUGAAUAAUAAUUCGUUAAGUGUUCUUGCACCUACGCUUUUAGAGGGAUUAGAUCAACUUCAAGUAUUAGAUUUAUCUGAUAAUAAAUUAACAAGUGAAUGGAUUAAUACAGAUACUUUCUCAGGACUGAUACGACUCAUAGUAUUGAAUUUAUCUCAUAACAGAAUAACAAAAAUAGACGCAUUAUUAUUCCAAGACUUGAAUAACUUGCAAUUUUUGAGCUUGGAAUAUAAUCACAUUUCACGCAUUACAGAAGGGGCUUUCACCGAUUUGAAAAAUUUGCAUUCUCUCUCAUUGGCUCAUAAUAAUAUAAUUGAAGUAGACAGUAGUUAUUUCUCUAAUUUAUAUGUACUAAACCAAUUAUUUCUUGAUGGUAAUAGAAUAAAGAAAAUAGACUUACUCGCUUUUGAAAAUAUUACAGACCUCCACGAUUUGGACCUUAGUGAAAAUCAGUUAUCGGAAGUACCUGAAGCUAUAAAAUCAUUACGAUUUUUGAAAUCUUUAAAUUUAGACAUGAACAGAAUAACGAAAAUAACAACUUCGCAAUUCGAAGGAUUAGAAAAUUUAUAUAGUUUACGACUAGCUGGAAAUAAUAUAGAAAAAAUAUCGAAAGAUACAUUUGGAGCCUUAUCUUCACUACAAUUUUUAAAUUUAGGAUCGAAUAAUUUAUACCAGAUAGAUGAUGAUGCUUUUUCAUCGAACUUACAACUAAAAUCAAUUGAAUUAGAUAAUAAUAAUCUAAUCGAUUUGAAAGGAAUAUUUGCAAAUCAGCAAUUACUUGUUUGGUUAAAUGUAUCAAAUAAUGAGUUGCUGUGGUUUGAUUACAGUCAUAUACCGUUCAAUUUAGAAUGGUUAGACAUGCACGAAAAUAAAAUAGAGAAGCUUGAAGAUAUUUAUGGUUUAAAAGAAUCAUGUAAUUUAAAAAUGCUUGAUGUAAGUUAUAAUAAAAUUAGGAGUAUUGAUAAAUUUUCAUUUCCAAGCGGUAUAGAAACAGUGAUAUUGAAUAACAACUACAUAGAAAAAAUAAAUCCUGGGACAUUUUUGCAGAAAUAUAAUCUAAACAAAGUGAUGCUAUAUUCAAAUAAAAUUAAAACUUUAGAAGAUUAUACUUUUGCAAUAUCAGAUGUUCCGAAAGAGAAAGAUUUGCCCGAGUUCUAUGUUAGUGAAAAUCCAUUUGUGUGCGACUGCACAAUGGAAUGGCUGCAGAGAAUUAACCAAUUAAGUGAUCUCAGACAGCGCCCAAGAGUUAUGGAUUUAGAAAGCAUAAGGUGCUCUUUAACCCAUUCAAGAACAAAAUCUGAUGUAUUAUUGCUCGAAGUUAAAUCUUCAGAAUUUUUAUGCCGCUACGAUUCGCAUUGUUUCACCCUCUGCCAUUGUUGUGACUUUGACGCCUGUGAUUGUAAAAUGACUUGUCCAGAUAAUUGCACGUGUUAUCAUGAUCUCACCUGGAACUCCAACAUAGUUGAUUGUUCAAAUGUCGGCUACGAUCACGUACCAGAUCGAAUACCGAUGGAUGCGACCGAAAUAUACUUGGACGGAAAUGAUCUGAAAGAAUUAGGAAAUCACGUUUUUAUUGGUAAGAAACGGUUACAAGUUUUGUAUCUCAAUAAUAGCAACAUUAAUAUAAUAAAAAAUAGAACAUUUAAUGGGUUAGAAUCAUUGAGAAUACUUCAUUUAGAAAACAAUAACUUAAAAAUACUAGAAAAUUCACUAUUUACUAAACUACAAAACUUGAACGAACUUUACUUACAGGAAAACAAAAUAAAAAAAAUAGAAAAUGGCACAUUUGACUUGCUCUCAUUAGAUAAUUUGAACUUAGAUAACAAUGGUUAUGUUGAUUACAUGCCGUGGAAUGUCAUUACCGACAACAAUUCUCACACACGUAUCUCUGUAGACGGGAACAGUUGGAUAUGCGAAUGUAAAGAUGUUGCUCAGUUGAAUCAAUGGUUAAUAAAAAAGUCAAAGGAUACCGAGACUAUAAUGUGCUAUUUUGCUAAUAGGCAGCAGACGCAUAAGACUGUCGCGACCGUUACGACGGAAUGUAAAAGAGAACUAGAAACCGAAAUCUCAAAAGGUGUUAAAUAUUAUAUUCCAUAUAUCACAACGGUUUCGGUAAUAGUGAUUAUACUUCUGAUGUGUUUUGUGCUGUGCAUAUUUAGACAUUGUUUAAAAUAUUGGUUGAAUUCAAUAUGCUGUGUAUGUAGUGUCAAUUCCAAAAGUGCGAAUAAUGACAUUAAUAAUGAUUCUUUUAUAUACAACUCGCAAGAUGAUCAUUUUGUGACUGAUCAUGUUGGUGCGACAUUGUCGAAUCGAACGCUCAAUAAUGUAAAUAGCAUGAAAAGUAGUAAUGGCUUGAUUAGACACGGAAGUUUGAUGACGUCAAGCUUAAUGGGUUCAAAAAACGUGUAUGCAGAAGUAUUGGCUAGUAAUUCUGAGGAUGAGACUGAUGCGAGUUGCAUAGAUCAUCUUGACUAUUCAAUUCCGUAUAAUCAUAGACAUAAUUCAAUAGUAAGUCUUGAAAAUGAAGAGUACCCAUUAAAGACAUUUCAACAAAUUUCCAUGUUCAAUAUUAAGCCUAAUAAUACGAGAAAGACUAGUUUUACGAAAUGUAUGUAUGUAUGGGAGGAGCAACCGUGCGCGGGGAGCAUGCCGCCGGCCGGUCGCUCAACUUACUUCGUUGUCUCUCAGUCAGUCGCUUCUCAGACGCUCCUUGGAGCGGUGUUUGCUUCGCCCCAACUUUUCGCGCUCGAGCCGUUAUGUAUCCAGUUCAAAAGUGAAUUAUUCGAGAUGUUAUCAAUGGGAUUUUUGGCUGUGUGGUACGCGGUGUGGUGCUGGAUAUACUCGGGUGCCGGCGGAGCGUCAUUGACGAGCCGGGUGGCGGAGGCUCCGCAGGAGUGCGAGUGGCAGCGUGUCUCCGGUAGCGCCGGCGAGCCCACCCGCGUACAGCUGACUUGCUCACUACGGACAGCUGCCGGCGCUACUGAUUUGCUUGCUGGGCUUAGCACGUCCCAAGCACAACGAAUCACUUCACUUGACUUACAUUGUACAGAUGUUCUCUUCUUUGAAAGUUCUUUAGAUGUCGGCAGAAGGAAAGAGGAAGGAACUGAACUCUUAUCCCGUUUUCAUAAUCUAAAGGAAUUGAGGAUAGAGUCAUGUAAGAUACGAUACGUCCCUUCAGCUGUACUAUCGCCGCUAAGUGGUCUAAGAAGUCUCAGUAUUCGGACUCAUAAUACUGAUUGGUCUGCAAUGUCUAUGGAAUUUCAUAGAGACACAUUCCGAGGACUUACCGAUUUGAGAACUUUGGAUUUGGGCGACAAUAACAUUUGGAUUUUGCCAUCCGAAAUAUUUUGUCCUUUAUAUAAUUUAAAGGAUCUAAACGUAACUCAGAAUAGAUUACAAGAUAUUUCUACAUUAGGAUUUUCCGAUUGGGGUAAUGGGCCAACUGCACCCGGAAAAUCUUGCAAUACCGUUUUGGAAACGUUGGAUAUGUCUUACAAUGAAAUUAGUUCACUACCUGAUAACGGUUUGUCAAGUUUACGGGCAUUACAAAAAUUAUUUUUACAAAAUAACAGAAUAUCAACUGUAGCAGACAGAGCGUUUGUAGGACUGAAUGAUUUACAAAUUCUCAACUUGUCUACUAAUGCUUUGACUGCACUUCCGCCUGAAAUGUUUCAAUCUUCGAGAGAUAUAAAACAAAUAUAUUUGAAUAAUAACUCGUUAAGUGUUCUUGCACCUACGCUUUUGGAGGGAUUGGACCAACUACAAAUAUUGGAUUUAUCAGUCAAUGAAUUAACAAGUGAAUGGAUUAAUAGAGACACAUUCUCAGGAUUGGUACGACUUAUAGUACUAAAUUUAUCGCAUAAUAGGAUAACAAAAAUAGACGCAUUAUUAUUUCAAGAUUUGAAUAACCUACAGUUUUUGAGUUUAGAAUAUAACCACGUAUCACGCAUAGCAGAUGGAGCAUUUUCUAAUUUGAAAAAUUUACAUUCACUCUCAUUGGCUCAUAACAAUAUUAUUGAAGUAGAUAGCAGUCAUUUCUCAAAUUUAUAUGUAUUAAACCAGUUAUUCCUAGAUGGUAAUAGAAUAACGAAAGUAGACUUACGCUCUUUUGAGAACAUUACAAAGCUUCACGAUUUGGGCCUUAGUGGAAACCAGUUAUCGGAGGUACCGGAAGCCAUAAAGACGUUAAGAUUUUUGACAUCCUUAGACUUAGGUAUGAACAGAAUAACAAAAGUAACAACUUCUCAAUUUGAAGGGUUAGAUGAUUUAUAUGGCUUGCGACUUGUGGGAAAUAAAAUAGAAAAAAUAUCUAAAGACACAUUUGCGGCUUUACCUUCACUUCAAAUAUUAAAUUUAGCAUCCAAUAAUAUAGAUCAGAUAGAUGAUGGUGCUUUUUCUUCAAAUCAACAAUUAAAAGCUAUUGGGUUAGAUGGAAAUAAGCUUGUUGAUUUAAAAGGAAUAUUUACAAACCAGCAACCACUUGUUUGGUUAAAUGUGUCAAAUAAUGAAUUGCUGUGGUUUGAUUAUAGUCAUAUACCGGUUAAUUUAGAAUGGCUGGAUAUGCACGAAAACAAAAUAGAGAAGCUUGAAGAUACUUAUGGCUUAAAAGAAUCAUGUAAUUUAAAAAUGCUGGAUGUAAGUUAUAAUAAAAUUAAAAGUAUUGACGAAUUUUCAUUUCCAAGCAGUAUUGAAACAAUAGUAUUGAAUAACAAUUAUGUAGAAAAAAUAAAUCCUGGGACAUUUUUACAAAAAUAUAAUCUAAACAAAGUGAUGUUAUAUUCAAAUAAGAUUAAAACUUUAGAGGCCGGUACUUUUGCGAUAUCAGCCGUUCCGGAGGAGAAAGAUUUACCCGAGUUCUAUGUCAGCGAAAAUCCAUUUGUGUGCGACUGCACAAUGGAAUGGCUGCAGAGAAUUAACCAAUUAAGUGACCUCAGACAGCGCCCGAGAGUAAUGGAUUUAGAAAGCGUAAGGUGCUCUUUAACCCAUUCAAGAACAAAAUCAGAUGUUUUAUUGCUUGAAGUUAAAUCUUCAGAAUUUUUAUGCCGCUACGAUUCGCAUUGUUUCACCCUCUGCCAUUGUUGUGACUUUGACGCCUGUGAUUGUAAGAUGACUUGUCCAGAUAAUUGCUCGUGUUAUCAUGAUCUCACCUGGAACUCCAACGUAGUUGAUUGUUCAAAUGCCGGCUACGAUCACGUACCGGACCGAAUACCGAUGGAUGCGACCGAAAUAUACUUGGACGGAAAUGAUCUGAAAGAAUUAGGAAAUCACGUUUUUAUUGGUAAAAAACGGUUACAAGUUUUGUAUCUCAAUAACAGCAAUAUCAAUACAAUACAAAAUAGAACAUUUAACGGGAUUGAAUCAUUGAGAAUUCUCCAUUUAGAAAACAACAACUUAGAAGUACUAAGGAAUACACAAUUUACUAAACUACAAAACUUGAUCGAACUAUAUUUACGAGAAAACAAAAUAAAAGUUAUAGAAAAUGAUACUUUUAAUUAUCUGCCCUCAUUGGAAUACUUGGAUCUUGACAACAAUGGUUAUGUUGAUUACAUGCCGUGGAGAGUCAUUACAGACAACAAUCCUCGUACUCGUGUCUCUGUAGACGGAAACAACUGGAUAUGCGAUUGUAAAGACGUUGCUCAGUUGAAUCAAUGGCUAAUAAAAAAAUCAAAAGAUACCGAGACCAUGAUGUGCUACUUUGCUCACGGGCAGCCGAUGAAUAAAACUAUCACGACCGUAGCGAAGGAAUGUAAAACAGAGCCCACUACCGAAGAAACAGGGACCGAAACUUUAAAACGAUUAUUCAUCGAAUCGAAUGACGGUGUCGAAAAUUACAUUCCAUAUAUUGCGGCGGUGUUGAUAAUAGCAAUUAUACUUCUUCUGAUGUGUGCUUUGCUGUUCAUGUUCAGAGAAGAUUUUAAAUUAUGGAUGCAUUCAAAAUAUGGUGUUAGAGUAUUCAGUUCCACUUCAAAAGAUAUGAACGAUAAUAAAAAUAAACGUUUUGAUGCAUUUUUUGUGUACAACUCACGGGACGAAGAUUUUGUGACUCGCGCCGUCAGUUCAGAGUUAGAAAAUUUGGGGCAUUCAUUAUGUUUACAACAUAGAGAUAUGCAGUUGAUUGAAGGGCGUUCUGGUGAUAGUUUGGUGAGUGCCGCAGAAAGUUCGAAAAGACUAGUGAUAGUGUUAUCAAUAAACUUCUUACAACAUGAGUGGUAUGUGCCAGAAUCUAAAGCGGCUGUUCAAAGUGCUAUUAACUCAGUGAAUGUUAGACAUAGGCGACAAAAAAUUAUAUUCCUUGUUACUACAGACUUAAGUGCCAUAAAUAUAGAUCCAGACUUAAAAGUGUUACUUAAAACGUGUACAGUGAUUGUGUGGGGUGAGAGAAAUUGUUGGGAGAAGCUAAAUUUUCGGUUACCGGAUGUGGACGUGACAUUACCGAAUCGGACGCUUCACAAUGCGAAUAAUAUGAAAACGGGUAAUAGAGAGGGCUUCAGUAGACACGGGAAUUUGAGAUAUACGGCACCACCGACAUCUCAUGAUCCUUGGUAUAAAUACGGGAUGGCACCACCUAUUUUGAUGAUGUCAAGCCCCAUGCAUUCGACCAGUGCGAGUGCAGAAGUAUCGGCUAGGAGUACUGAGGAUGAGACAUGUUCAGUCGCGAGUAGCGAGGGUCGCCCUGAUGAUCGCCUUCCGCAUCAUCAUAGCUAUGUUUCUAUUGACAAUCAUCAAUGUGAAGAGCGUCCACUAAGGCCGCCGCAACAAAUUCCCAUGUCUAAUACUAGACCUAAUAAUAUGAGAAAGACUUACUUUGUAUAAAACAGAAUCUAAUAAAUAUGUGAUCUAUAUGUUUUAUUGUAAAUCGGAAUGUAAUUAUAGAAUGUAAGGUAAAUUAUAACAAAAAAUAUAGAACUUCAAACGAACGCUUUUAUUAUUAGUUGGUGCUGUAUUAUAUAAAUGAAAAAAAUUAUUAUUAGCGUUCACAUUAUAAAUAUAACAAGUACCCAAUUAUUGUUUUUUGAAACAGUACUAUAAGUACCUAUUAGUGUAAAGAAUUUAUAUUUAAGUACUUUUGUCUAUGGCAUUUAUUGUACCUGUCUUCUGUUAUCAACAACUGCUUAUAAAUUGUAAAUAAUUUCGUGUACAUUCCUUCCUUUACAUACGAGUAUGAUUGAAAAGUCGAAAAUACAUUUUUAUUUCACCGAUGUACUGAAGUUCCUGAUUGAAGUUGAAUAUGGAGUAUAUUAUGACUAAUUUGUGAUAAUUUAGGUACUUAUGUCAAAAACUAUGCUUUGAAGUGAGAGAAAGAGUAAACUUUAGAUGUAUAUAUUUGUAUAAAAUGUAAAAUAUUGUUGAAGAACUGAAAUGUACCCUAGUCAAUUGUAAAUAUCAUAAAUUUAAGUAUAGCAGUAAACAUAAUUUUGUGAUGUAAUUUUUAGCUAGAACAUGAACAAAUUCGUAUUUAUUACGCUUCCAAGAGUAUGAAUAAAUUAAUAUUUUUGUCUACUA